GACCCAGGAUCAGAAUUCACCAACAAACCACCAGCGUUUCAAACGCAGCCCCCCUUCGGUAAAAGCGAGCCAACCUGUUGAGGCUGCCAGAGCUGAGAGCAGAGGGGAGAAAGUGCGCUGAUUCUGGGUCGCAUAUCCGCCUUCUGUACCAGACUUUUCCCCGUUGAUAAAUACGCCGUGAGAGAGGUAAACAACCUCAAACGAGAAGAUGUCAAAGAUCGGUGCUUUGGUGUUGAUGACACUUGUGUCCCUCGGGUUUGCAGAAGAACAAAACUUGGAAGAGGACCCGUUUACCUUUGACUACCACAGGCUGCGUGUUGGAGGCCUGAUUCUAGCUGCUGUCCUCUGUCUCAUUGGCAUCACCAUCCUGUUCAGUGGCCACUGCAGGUGCAAGUUCAACCAGGACAAGAGAAGGAGGACAGGAAGCAAUGCUCAGCAGAUGCUCUCCGACAAAGGUCGAUCCGCCGAGUGCUAGAUGUCAACCCGAACACACACUUCCCAAACCUGCAACCAACCGAUAAGAUGGAGGAGCAGCAGCAGGGAUUGUUACAUCCAAGGAGAAGCAUUUUUUUUAUUGUUAAGCAACAGAAAGUAGUCUGUGUGAACCGCCUGUGAGGUGUGAUGCUUUCUGCCUGUUAACUGAGCUACUGGUCUUCAGUCUGCACCUUCACGCAUAGACACUUUCAUUUCAACCAACUGAACAGUUUUUGUUUAGUUUUAACAGGCUUUGACCGGAAGAAACAAUAAAAUAAUAUUACGUAUUUUGAGAAUUUAUUGUGUAACUCGUUCUGUGCUGUUCACGGUUGAUUGAUCUGAAAGUAACAUUAUUCAAUAGUUAAAACAAAAUGAUUACCAAAAAAUUGUGUCCGUCAAUGUCACGCAGUACUUCUGUUGCCUAUAUUAUGUGUGUGCAAAGUAAGCAAUCAAUGUAGAUAACGUUGCCUACUGCGACCGACCUAACCCUCCGUUCAUGCUUUCGUAUAUGAAACAUAGUCUGUGGAGUGCCGUUGCUAGUCAUGAUAAUCUGUUAAUUCCCAUGUUUAGCUUUAUGGAGGAAAGUAGUGGAUUACACUGUUCACAGAUACAGGAAUACUCUGUAAUGUUUUCUAUAAAAGAACUAUUGAAACCGA